GAACCGAUGUCCAACAUCAGAAGCUGCCGUCUUGGCCUUUCAGGCUCAGCCCCAGCCCCAAAAUCCACUGUUCCGGAGCAAUUCAGGGGUGGGGGGCGGUGGUAGAGAGAAGGUUUUCGCCCCGGUCAGCUUCUCUUCCUGCGUAAUUUUGAUUUCCAAUGAUGUUCUCAGCGGUUCAAUUCGAAUUUGCAGACAUCGUGAGGGUAACGUGCUCGCGGUAGCUAUUCUCAUGUAGUAGGUGUGCGUUCGCUCCGCUGCAGCAAUGCAGAACCACGACGAGGAUGCGUUUUUCGACAAUAAUAAAUACCAUUUCCCGCCGGGUACAUUAGUGCCUCCCAAAAAGUCGGGUCCGCAGCCAUGGCUUGAAGUGGCCCCAGAGCGAGACGAGCAAGGCAGCGCACCCGGAUUACAACCUAUACCACAUGACGAACAGAAGUAUGCGGAUGCGCCGAGGGGAUUGCACGAUGCGGCACCGCCGUAUAGAACAACUGGGGCAGCACACGCCGACGAACUCGCGUUCCAAGGAAUGCAAGCCGUUCCUCCUACAGUACCCGAACAAUUGACGCGAUCGCAACCACAUUUCCAAUCGUUAGAACAGCCACAGCUGCAACCCCAAUGGCAUCAAUCGACUCCGAAUCAUUACUAUGGACAAUCAUUUCAGACCUUGCCGUCACAAGUUUCUGGAUUUUCCGGCGACAAUCCGAUGUAUGCCCAGCCAAUCGCUUCGAAUACCGAAAGUCAAUAUCUCAAUCCCUACGCCCAGCCCAACCCGACUCCAUCAUGGGUGAAAGCUGAGCGACAAAUUGGAAUGGGGGAAGUAAAAAUAAAACAAUGGGUGUUGUGGGUAAUUGGUGGCGUUGUCUUUAUAUUUAUUGGUGCCGGAGCUGUGAUUGGGGGUAUUAUGGGAAGCCGAGCCGAAUCUGCAAAUCAUAGCAGCUCAUCGACGCCGCCGAGUACGAAUACGACCACGAACGGAACUUCGCCCAAUACAAUGAAUUCGACAUUGACACAAUCCAUUAGAUCGGGGUCGAGAUUAGCUGUGACGGGUUAUAGAACCAAGACGGAUUAUAGCAUUCGUCUUUUCUAUCAAGAUGAAGACCAUCAGUUACGGUUCACGGAUAAAGAGAAUGUUAAUGCGAAUUGGACUAAUUCGACGAUAUUGGACAGCUUGCCAUAUCAACCGAUGAAGGAUUAUGGAGCCAUCGCCGCGGGGUCAUAUUUAUAUGACGACCCAGCACCGAAAAUCGAAUUCUUUUACGAAGAUCAAGACGGUAUCAUUCGAGGUCAGAACUUCAAUUUCGAUUUCGAAGGCGGAAAGAUACCCGCAAAGGGCGAAGCUGGGAGUAUUAACUCAUAUCCCCUCCAGUCGGCCGGGGGUACGAUUUCGUGUUAUUUCCCAUAUGUUAUCUCCCAAGAUGCCAAUAAUGAAGUACGGUGGACGGUCAUGCACGGGCAAAAUAGCAGCAAUUUGUCAGCACCGUGGUGGGUUAACAAUACGAAUUGGGACAUAAAAGCAUCGAAAGGGGCGGGUAUGGUUGUUCUGCCAAUUGCGCAGAAAUUUCAGAAUGCCGGUGGCAUAAUAUACCGUUCGUCGGAAGGUAUGCUAUCGAUGCAAAUCCACGAUGCCCUGGAUCCAAGCAAUGAUGGGGUUGCUUGGAGAAAAGGCGCUCUCUCAAAAGCAAUACCGGCCAACGCCUCCGUUGGGGCGUUUUCUGUCGGGCGGCCAUACGAUAACAACAAUCAAAUUAACACAUACAUACUUUAUCAAGAUAACGAUGGUAAAAUACAGGUGGUGUGGCAGGACGAUGAUUCGGGUUGGAAGGGCCCUCAGACGUACGAUGCGUUAAGUGGCGCUGCGCAACCGACGGAUAUUGCCUGUUUGACUCCGGGGGCUUAUGAUGCAGCGGGGAUCGGCAUAUCGAGAGAACAAGACAUGAAUAGAUGUUUCUUCCAGGUGAGCGGUGGGAAGGUAAAAGAGGUUUGGUUUGAUGGGACGAAUUGGAAUGAUGUGGGUUUUGUUCCCACGUAGAAUUGUAUAUAUGAUGCAUUUUUCAUAGGUAGUUGAGUGCAUGUGCCAAGGAUUAUACCCCCAUGAAUAGAGCAUAAAAUUUGUUAAAUUAUUCAUAUGCAUUCACAAGAUUCCAUUAGGUGAUUAGAUGCUUUAAACUAAGCACUGGAUUGUUGAACUUAGAUUGUGUCAGACAAACAAUAAGGGUACUUCCAAUGUAUCCAUG